CGCGAUCGGAGUAGGAACAGCGCGAUAAGGAAAUUAAAUAUACUAAAUCCGUUCAAAAUCGUACCCCAUCGAACCGACAAAGAACCAAUAAAAAGAAGGCAAAGCAAAAAUAAAACCAUUAUUGGCCCUAAAAGUGCGGAAUUGUGCAAAGUUAUCAAAAUUUGCUGCUGAGAAGCCAUUCGAGAAGCCAUGACGAUCAAGAGCGCCCAGCUUAUGGGGCUCCUGGCCCUUCUAAUGGGCGUGGUCAGCGCCUUCGAUCACACCCUGCGGCAGGACUUUCCGGGUCCCUACUGCGCCCUGCGCAACACCUGCUGCAAGGAGAGGCACGACGGCUGCUCGAUGCCCAUCUCCACCACCCUUUGCUACUGUGAUGAGUUCUGCGAUCGCAGUGAUUCCAGUGACUGCUGUCCCGACUACCGUUCCUUCUGCUUCGGAGAGUCCGAUCCCAUCCUCUCCUGCGAGCACAACGGCGUCUACUUCUCCAAGUUCAACAGCACUUGGGACAACUGCAACGAAUGCCGCUGCCUGGAUGGCGGUCGUGUGGAGUGCGACAGGGACCUCUGCUUGACCGACGACGAGCUCAUCAAUGGAGUGAACUCCAUCCACCGCCUUGGCUGGUCCGCCCGCAAAUAUGACGAGUGGUGGGGACGCAAAUACGCCGAGGGACUGCGCCUCCGACUGGGCACCAAGGAGCCCACGUUCCGCGUGAAGGCGAUGUCUCGACUGAGCAAUCCCACCGACGGCCUGCCCCCCGCCUUCAACUCCGUGGAUAAGUGGUCCAGCUACAUCUCAGAGGUGCCCGAUCAGGGCUGGUGCGGCUCCUCCUGGGUGCUGUCCACCACCUCGGUGGCCAGCGACCGCUUUGCCAUCCAGAGCAAGGGCAAGGAGGCGGUUAAGCUCUCCCAGAACAUUCUCUCCUGCGCACGUCGCCAGCAGGGCUGCGAGGGUGGACACCUGGACGCCGCCUGGCGCUACCUGCACAAGAAGGGCGUGGUCGAUGAGGAUUGUUUCCCGUACACCCAGCACCGUGACACCUGCAAAAUCCGCCACAAUAGCCGCACGCUGAGUGCCAAUGGCUGCAGGCCUGCUCCCAAUGUGGACCGCGACAGCUUGUACACGGUGGGACCAGCCUACAGUCUUAAUCGCGAAGGCGACAUCAUGGCCGAGAUCUACCACUCCGGCCCCGUCCAGGCCACCAUGCAUGUGUACCGUGACUUCUUUGCGUACUCGGGCGGCAUCUAUCGUCGGACGGCUGCCAACCGUGAGUCUCCCAAGGGCUUCCACUCGGUCAAGCUGGUCGGCUGGGGAGAGGAGCACAACGGUGACAAGUACUGGAUUGCAGCCAACUCUUGGGGUCCGUGGUGGGGCGAGCGCGGAUAUUUCCGCAUCCUGCGGGGCAGUAACGAGUGCGGCAUCGAGGAGUACGUCCUGGCCUCGUGGCCCUACGUCUACAACUACUACAACGCGAAGGCGCCGAAAUAGGGCGCAGGAUAGGCCCCAUUAGCCGCCUCGCACAGAAAACAAUCUCGAGCUAUGUAUGCAGUAACGAAAACAGAUUUAUCUCAUGCUUCAAAAUUUUCCAUUUGCUAUAUGGCACUCAAAGUGAAUUAGGCGCUUCUAUCUGUAACGUUUAUGCUUAGAACCUAGUGACUAAAAUGAUUAGCUUUAAGUUGCGCGAACGCACAGUUAACUGCCCGCAGUACCAGACCACCACCUCCUUCCUCUCUGUCUCCCCCACUAACUGGACUCGAAGCAACACGAAACUGCCACAUAACCACCACCAUCCCCGGAUACUGCCACAUCAGCCAGAGUACGAACACCCGGCACCCUUGCAGCGCAUGUGAUCAUUGACGGAAUGAAGAGUAUUGGAUCGGCGAGAGUCUGUAGUGCGCACACUCUGCGUGCAUUGUAAAUGGAAGCUAAGUUAACUGAUUGAUAGACCGAUGGAACUUGUUCGGCUUAUAUAUUUUUAAUAAACGAAUUACUUUACAUGUUA